GAAUUUUCUCCCAAUAUAUAGUGAUAUUCUGGUUCGGGGCAAAUAGAUAGGUACUCUGCCCAAGCGCUAGAGAGCAAGCAAAAGGGAAAAAAAAUCAGAAGAAAAAAUGGGGGAAGUCAAUGGAGAAGUGAAGCAUAUUUUGCUCGCAAAAUUCAAGGAAGGCAUUUCUGAAGAACAAAUUGAGGAAUACAUCAAGCAAUAUGCCAAUCUUGUGAAUCUUAUUCCAUCCAUGAAGGCCUUCAAAUGGGGCAAAGACGUCAGUGCCGAAAACUUGCAUCAGGGUUUCACACACAUCUUUGAGUCAACCUUUGAGAGCACAGAAGGGGUUGCCGAAUAUGUUGCUCAUCCGGAUCAUGUUGAAUUUGCAAACAGAUUACUGCCUGAAUUCGAGAAAGUGAUUGUGGUUGACUACAAACCUACGAAGGUCCAACUCUGAAUUUACUGGAGGUUGGUGAAAUGGCACAUGUGUAUGUCCUUUUUACUUUGUUAGACCGAAUGAGACGUGUGUUAAAUAAAGACCAUCUCCUCUGAAUGAAUGAGAUUGUUGGGAUCAUCUAAGUUUGGUAUGUGAUAUGUAAACUGUGGCUUCUAGCCAUUAAGUGAUUGUUUAAGUGAAUGAUCGUGCUUGUGUUGAAUGAUUUUCUAGACGAGUUGCUUGAGUUAUGUAUGAAUUUGUCAAUAUGCUUAGGAUUAUAUGGUAAUAGAGUAAUUUUCAUUACCUUGCAACAAAACU